AUGAUCAAGAUCAGUCACCACCAUCAAACCCCUUCUCUUCCGAAGCUCAAUCCCAUGCUCAUCUCAACUCUCCAACUCUCCUCCUUUCUCUGCCUCCUCCUCUCCACCACCAUCACCGCCGCCGCCGUAGAUGACAACAGCCCCUGGCUACCUUACACUCCCACCGACUACAUUCUCCUCGACUGUGGUUCAUCUUCUAACACCACCGACGCUAGCCUCCGGAGCUGGGACGGCGAUGUCCGCUCACAAUUCUCGCCGUCGAACAUUGAAAACACGUCGUCGAAUGCUACAUCCUCCAAGUCUGUCAUUCAAGUGCCCUACAAGACUUCUCGUAUCUUCCACUCUCAAUUCACCUACUCAUUCCCAGUCUCUGCCGGACCAAAAUUCAUUCGUCUCUAUUUCUACCCAGUUAAUUACUCUGAGCUCGAUAUUACCAACUCUUUCUUCUCCCUCACUUCCAACGACUACACCCUCUUAAACAACUUCAGUGCCUUCCUCACUGUCUCCGCCAUGAAACCCGCAGUUGCUUCCCUUAUAAAGGAGUUCAUCGUCAAUGUUAGGGACAACCAGAUACUGAAUAUAACCUUUUGGCCUUCUCCGAACUCUUACGCCUUCGUUAAUGGCAUUGAAGUCGUUUCAAUGCCAGAAAAUCUCUACAUUCGCGGCAAUGAUCAUCCAAUCCCACAAGUGAGCGACAACCAAAGAUUUUAUAUUGAUUACAACCCUGCUCUUGAGACUCUCUAUAGAUUAAAUGUUGGCGGUAAUGAGGUCUCAAUAACCAAUGAUACGGGAAUGUUUCGAUUAUGGAGUCCGGACGACGAUUACACCUACGAAGAUUAUGGGUUUACACCUCACAGGGACGUCGCAAUCCGAUAUAGACAGGAGACACCACCCUACACUGCACCGAAGAUCAUUUACACAACCAGAAGGACCAUGGGCAACGACAGUUUAAGAUACAAUCUGACAUGGAAAUUUCCUGUUGAUUCUGGGUUUUAUUAUCUUCUCAGACUCCAUUUCUGCGAGAUUCAAUUGGAGGUGACCCUCAAGAACCAAAGGGUUUUUAUAAUAUACAUCAACAAUCAAACGGCACAGAGAGGAGCAGAUGUUAUCCAGUGGAGUGGUGGCACUAGAAUCCCAGUGUUCAAAGACUACGUCAUCAUGGUCACCGACCCAGAUGGUCGCCAGAGCAAGCAAGACUUGUGGCUCGCUAUGUACCCUGAGCUCGACUUUAGACCCGAUCCACCGUCGGGACCAUUCACCUUGUCACCGCAGAAGAAGAACAAUAAAGAAACACCUAGGUGGGCGGUCAUUAUCGGCACCGUAGUCGGAGGAGGGUCUGUUCUAGUCUUGAUCUUAGGUUUCUUGAUUUUUCGACGACGGAGGAGAGUGAAAGCCUUGGGCUCAACACAGCCCAAGUCGUCGUGGGUCCCCUUAUCUGACCGUUCAAAGUCCACAAAAACCAGCGGUUCAUCACUACCGUCUGAUCUAUGCAGACGCUUUUCACUUGAGGAGAUCACAUCAGCUACAUGCAACUUCGAUGACAAUUUUGUCAUCGGGGCAGGAGGAUUUGGUAAUGUGUAUAAGGGCCACAUCGACAACGGUGCAACCACCGUUGCGAUCAAACGAUUGAACCCAUCAUCAAAUCAAGGGGCCCGCGAGUUCCAAACAGAGAUUGGUAUGCUAUCGAAGUUACGCCACCUCCAUCUGGUGUCGUUGAUCGGUUAUUGCAAUGACAACCGUGAGAUGAUCUUGAUUUAUGAUUAUAUGGCCCGCGGGACCCUCCGUGAUCAUCUUUACAAAUCAAAGAAACAACCCAUUCCGUGGAAGCAACGCCUUCAGAUUUGCAUUGGCACUGCAAGGGGACUACAUUAUCUCCACACAGGUGCGAAACGCACGACCAUUCACCGCGAUGUGAAGUCCACCAAUAUUUUAUUGGACGAGAAAUGGGUGGCUAAGAUUUCUGAUUUUGGAUUAUCCAAACUGGGUCCCAUAGAUGCAGGCCAUAACCACGUCAGCACAACGGUGAAGGGUAGUUUCGGAUAUUUGGAUCCAGAAUAUUAUAAACGACAACAAUUGACAGAGAAAUCGGACGUGUACUCAUUUGGGGUGGUUUUAUUUGAGGUUUUAUGUGCUAGGCCGGCUAUAAUUCUAGAUUUACCCGAGGAUCAAGUGAAUUUGGCUGAGUGGGCUCGCCAUUGUUAUAAAAAUGGGACCCUUGAUCAAAUUGUUGACCCUAAUAUAAGGGAGGAGAUUGCGCCAGAGUGCUUGAAGAAGUUUGGCGAAUUAGGUGAUAGUUGCUUGCGUGAAAAUGGGUUCAAACGACCAGGAAUAAAUAAUGUUUUGUGGGGCCUUGAGUUUUCUUUGCAACUUCAAGAGGAGGCUGAGAUGAAGGGUCAAGGUGAUGGUGGUGGUGGAGGUGGAGGUGGAGGUGGAUUACUACCGGUAGCGUUGGCCAGUCCCUUGACUCCUCCUCUGCAUGGAGAAUCAAUGACCGACAAUGAUGAAAAUGUGUUAAGAUCAAUGACUAACAGUGACAAAUUAAAAAAUAUGACUCUGUUCUCAGAGAUCAUGAAUCCUAUGGGUCGAUGAGAAGUGAAAUGUUCUUGGGGUGGGUCCUACGUGAGGUUCCAGAUUUUUGGUCUUCACUUUGAUUGACUUUUGAAAAGUAAGUAUUUUAUGCC